AUGACCAUCCGCAAUGACGAUGAGCUCGAGAUGAACUGGACGGCGGAGGUCAUUGACGGCUCAAACGAUGAGGACGUCAUCUCCGCCGGUAGUGAGGACGAGUUUGAGGAAGAAGCGGAGCUUGAGUUGGCGUCGGGCGUGAAGCGCAGUCGCGAUGCAGAGACGGCCGACGUCGAGACGGACGAAGACGCUGUGAAGAAACGAAAGACGGACUCGACGGCCAAGGGUCCACUGUACAACGGCAAGGGACUGCACAAGAUGACGCAGACUGAACACUUCAAGAUCGUGAACGACGUCUACGUGAAACACCGUGGCGAACAAAUGACGACCCUGGAGUUGGCGGACGGACUGAAUGAGUCGCAUUUUGUCGCACCAACGGGUCUGGGCAAGCACAAGCUCGAGUUGCUGCCGUCGUAUAUUCAUCACUUGAUGCCAACGUACAAGAAGGACUUCCUUGGCAAGGGCAAGCGUCGUGACAAAAGUCCCUACUUUCUCAUUCUUUGUUCGUCUGCGCUGCGCUGUGUCGAGGUGAUCAAGUAUUUAACGCCCUUCAAGUGCCGUGUCGCAAAGCUCUUUGGCAAACAUCUGAAGGCAAGUGAACAAGCCAAACAGCUUGCUAGCAACUAUUUGCCAAUUGCUGUGGGCACCCCAGCACGUGUGAAGACGCUGUUGGAAAUGGGGGCAUUGUCGUUGGUGCACACAAAGCACGUGAUUUUCGACAUGGAGAAGGACAAGAAGCAACAUACAGUUCUAGAGCUGAAAGAUACAGCCUCUGAGAUGGUGGACCUUAUUCAGUUUCACUUCAUUCCGCAGCUUCAGAAGGAAGACGGCAGCAUGAAGAUUGUGUUAUUUUAG